CCGCGCGUGAGGCCGAGGGAGGGGCGGCGGCGCGAACGGCGGCGGCGGCGGUUCCAGCAUGAAGAGGAGAGCUGGCCUGGGGGGCAGCAUGAGGUCAGUGGUGGGCUUCUUGUCCCAGCGGGGCUUGCAUGGGGACCCCCUGCUCACUCAGGACUUUCAGAGGAGACGCCUGCGGGGCUGCAGAAACCUCUACAAGAAGGACCUCCUCGGCCACUUCGGCUGUGUCAAUGCCAUUGAAUUCUCCAACAAUGGAGGCCAGUGGCUGGUCUCAGGAGGAGAUGACCGCCGGGUUCUGCUAUGGCACAUGGAACAAGCUAUCCACUCCAGAGUCAAGCCCAUACAGCUGAAAGGAGAGCACCAUUCCAACAUUUUUUGCCUGGCUUUCAACAGUGGGAACACCAAAGUAUUCUCUGGAGGAAAUGACGAGCAAGUUAUCCUCCAUGAUGUCGAAAGCAGCGAGACCUUGGAUGUGUUUGCUCAUGAAGAUGCAGUAUAUGGCUUGUCGGUGAGCCCAGUGAAUGACAACAUUUUUGCCAGCUCCUCAGAUGAUGGCCGGGUUCUCAUCUGGGACAUCCGGGAGUCUCCCCAUGGAGAGCCCUUCUGCCUGGCAAACUAUCCAUCAGCUUUUCACAGUGUCAUGUUUAACCCUGUGGAGCCCAGGUUAUUGGCCACAGCCAAUUCAAAGGAAGGAGUGGGACUCUGGGAUAUUCGAAAACCUCAGAGUUCUCUCCUGCGCUAUGGUGGCAAUCUGUCCCUGCAGAGUGCCAUGAGCGUGCGAUUCAACAGCAACGGCACCCAGCUCCUGGCCCUGAGGCGUCGCCUGCCCCCUGUGCUCUAUGACAUCCACUCCCGCCUGCCUGUGUUCCAGUUUGACAAUCAGGGUUACUUCAACUCUUGCACCAUGAAAAGUUGCUGCUUUGCAGGGGAUCGUGACCAGUAUAUCCUUUCAGGCUCUGAUGACUUUAACCUGUACAUGUGGAGAAUUCCUGCAGAUCCAGAAGCAGGUGGCAUUGGUAGGGUGGUCAACGGAGCCUUCAUGGUGCUGAAAGGGCAUCGGUCUAUUGUUAACCAGGUCCGAUUUAACCCUCACACCUACAUGAUCUGCUCUUCUGGUGUAGAAAAGAUUAUCAAGAUCUGGAGCCCAUACAAGCAGCCAGGAUGUACAGGGGACCUAGACGGUCGGAUUGAGGAUGAUUCCCGCUGCCUCUAUACCCACGAAGAGUACAUCAGCCUGGUGCUGAACAGUGGGAGUGGCCUGUCACAUGACUACGCCAACCAGUCCGUGCAGGAAGACCCCCGGAUGAUGGCCUUCUUUGACUCCCUGGUGCGCCGCGAGAUCGAGGGCUGGAGCUCUGACUCCGACAGCGACCUCAGCGAGAGCACCAUCCUCCAGCUGCACGCGGGGGUCAGCGAGCGCUCGGGCUACACCGACUCCGAGUCCUCGGCCUCGCUGCCCCGCUCCCCUCCGCCCACAGUGGACGAGAAUGCCGACAGCGCCUUCCACCUGGGGCCCCUUCGGGUCACCACCGCCAACUCAGGGGCGUCGCCGCCGCCGCCGCCCACGUGUGAAGAGGCCGCGUCUCGCCAGCAGCGCCUGUCUGCUCUGCGGCGCUACCAGGACAAACGCCUCCUGGCCCUUUCCAACGAGUCCGAUUCUGAAGAGAACGCCUGUGAGGUGGAGCUGGACACAGACCUCUUCCCCCGGCCGCGGUCUCCCAGCCCUGAAGACGAGUCCAGCAGCUCGAGCAGCUCCAGCAGCUCGGAGGAUGAGGAGGAGCUGAACGAGCGGCGGACGGCCACACGGCAGCGCAAUACCCUGCGGCGCCGGCAGAAGGCGCCCCGAGAAGAGAGGCCCGCCCCCCCCAGCAAGCCCGCCAGCACCUACAUCGGAGAAGACAACUAUGAUUACCCCCAGAUCAAAGUGGACGACCUCUCCUCCUCUCCCCACUCCUCCCCUGAGCGGAGCACUUCCACGCUGGAGAUUCAGCCCAGCCGGGCCUCGCCAACUUCUGACAUCGAGUCGGUCGAGCGAAAGAUUUAUAAAGCUUACAAGUGGCUCCGCUACUCCUAUAUCUCCUACUCCAGUAACAAAGAUGGAGAGAGCUCGCUCGUGUCUGGGGAGGCCGAUGAAGGGCGAGCGGGCACCAGCCACAAGGACAGCCCAGCCCCUUCUUCCAGUAAGGAAGCCUGUCUUGGCACCACCGUAGGCCCGUGGAACCAGGACCUGCCCCCUGAAGGUCGCAGCAGGGAUGCUUCCAAAGAAGGGACUUCUGCUAGAAAUCCCAGCAAUGGCCCAGGCCAGGAGCACAGCAGCCACCCUUGGGCAGAGGCCCCGGAGGACCCCUCACAGGACACUAACAAUGCUGGCUCUGUAGAACACUCUUUUGAAACCAAGAAGCUCAAUGGGAAGGCCCUGAGCAAGGCCCUAAGCAGCCGGGCUGAGGAGCCGCCCUCUCCUCCUGUCCCCAAGGCAUCUGGCUCCACUCUCAGCAGCGGGUCUGGCAGCUGUCCCAGGACCCAGUCUGAUGACAGUGAGGAGAGGAGCCUCGAAACCAUCUGUGCCAACCACAACAAUGGACGCUUACACCCCCGCCCCCCUCACCCCCACAACAAUGGGCAGAACUUUGGAGAGCUGGAGGCAGUGGUGUGCUCUUCUCCAGGACAUUCGGACACUGACCAUGAUAACUUGUCCCUGACAGGGACACUCCUACACAAAGAUUGUUGUGGGUCUGAAAUGGCCUGUGAGACCCCUAGUGCUGGAACGAGAGAGGACCCCACUGACCCCCCAGACACAGAAAGCAGCAGGGCUGUUCAUGGCCAUAGUGGCCUCAAAAGGCACCGAGUCGAAUUGGAAGAUACAGAUUCAGAGAAUUCCUCCUCAGAGAAGAAAUUAAAAACAUGAUAAAAACAAAGGGAAAACAAAAAGCUAUGAAAUGUAGCUUUACAAAAAAUUUUUUAAUCCUGUUUAGUGAACACAGAGGAAAGGAAAAAAGUAUUAAAGGCACAUAAAACCAGGGCCUGAAA